UUGAGGGAUUGCUCUUACCUGCCUGCAGGUCCCUUUGGGGUGAUGGCAGUGCCCCUUUGGCCAUCCCAGCUGGUCUGUCUGUCAUUGUCAUGACCCCACACCAUCCCCCAGCCAGGGCAGGGCCCAGAGCAGUCCCUUCCUGCUGUGGACAUGCAACAGGAUACUCUGCUGUACUGGUUUUAUCUUCUCCCAGUUACAGUCCCCACCUCUGCUGUGCCCAUCCCACCUUGCUAGUGCCACCUGGAAAGGUGUUUGCUGCAGGUGUCCAUUCCAGGCCUUCUCAACCUCCACAUCUCAAGAAAAUCUCUUUUCUUCAAUGUCCAUAUAGCUGUGCCAUACAUUGAAUUCCCACUGAUCACACUCUGAGAGGGUGGAAUGAUGAGAGAGGGUUUGUGUAUGUUUGUGUAUGUGAUGUUGUCACACUGUGGGUCUGGAGGAGGAAAUGGAACUGUCCCAGCAUUGAAGGAGCUCAGGUGGUUCAUUGUACUCCUCCUCAUCCUGGGGGAUGAUCUCUCCAGAGGUCAUAGAGUUAUAGAAUAUCAAAAGUUGGAAGGGAUCUGCAAGAAGUCCAGCCCAUGACCCUGCACAGGGCAUCCCAAGAACCUCACCAUGAUUGUGAAAAAAAUUGGGGAGCAGUUGGCAAAGGGAAGGGGCGAUGGGAGGCUUUGAGGUUCAGCUUCUACAGUGCUGGGGACCUCCAUGUAAGCAUCCUUAACUCCUCGGGCCCAGGUGCCCUUUGCUCGCUACCUGGCCAUGAACAAGAUCACCAACAUGAAGCGCUACCACGUUGCCAAGGUGUACAGGAGGGACAACCCAGCCAUGACCAGGGGCCGCUACCGCGAGUUCUACCAGACUUUGACAUUGCCGGGCAGUUUGACCCGAUGAUUCCUGAUGCUGAGUGCCUGAAAAUCGUGCAUGAGAUCCUGAGUGACCUGCAGCUCGGGGACUUUGUCAUCAAGGUCAAUGACCGUCGGAUUUUGAAUGGUGUGUUUGCUGUCUGUGGUGUUCCAGAGAACAAGUUCAUACCUGCCUGCUCCACUGUGGACAAGCUGGACAAGGUGUCCUGGGAUGAAGUGAGGAGUGAGAUGGUGGGAGAGAAGGGGCUCUCUCCCGAGGCUGCGGAUCACAUCGGGGAGUACGUCCAGCUCCAUGGUGGGCUGGAGCUGAUCGAGCGGCUUCUCCAGGACCCAAAGCUAUCCCAGAACAAGCAGGCCAAGGAAGGGCUGGGGGACAUGAAGCUGCUGUUUGAGUACCUGACGCUGUUUGGCAUCACAGGGAAGAUCUCCUUCGACCUGAGCCUGGCGCGGGGCCUGGACUAUUACACGGGGGUGAUCUUUGAGGCUGUGCUGCUGCAGCAGGAGAACGAGCACGUGGAGGAGCCCGUCAGCGUUGGGAGCGUGGCUGGAGGCGGCCGCUAUGACGGGCUGGUGGGGAUGUUUGAUCCCAAGGGCCGGAAGGUGCCCUGUGUGGGGGUCAGCAUUGGGAUUGAGCGGAUUUUCUCCAUCCUGGAACAGAGAUUGGAGGCUUCUGGGGAGAAACUUCGAACAACUGAGACCCAGGUGCUGGUGGCUACACCACAGAAACACCUGCUUGCUGCCAGACUGAAGCUCAUCUCCGAGCUGUGGGAUGCAGGGAUCAAGGCAGAGAUGCUGUACAAGAAGGAUCCUAAAUUGCUGAAGCAGCUGCAUUAUUGUGAGGACAUGGGGAUCCCCCUUGCUGCCAUUGUGGGAGAACAGGAGCUGGCAGAUGGAGUCGUCAAGCUGCGAGAUAUUGCAACAAGAGAGGAGGUUGAUAUCCCCAGAGAAAAGCUUGUUGAUGAGAUCAGGAGAAGGCUGGAGCCCUGAGAACCUCUCUGGCCGGAGCUGCUUGGCUGAAGUGCUGCACAACUGGAACGCUCCUCCAGCACCCUCAGCCAUUCCCUGCCAGCUGCGGUCUGGGUAACAUCCACUCACCUGAGCCUCAUUGCCUCGGCUAAGACAGGGAGAACAGAGGAAUAAGAGGGUUUUAAAAGCUAUGGACGGUUCAGUCACCAGGUUAACCUCCUGGUUAGCUCCUCUGAAGGUCAAGUUUGCGAGUUCCUAACUCUGCAGUCCCUGUAUCUGUACUGCCAUUUCCAUCACUGUGGGUGGUGGUGGCACAGCUCAAGCAGGAUCAGGCGGAACUCCUGAUUUGGGAGGGAGAAUCUGUAGUGUGUUGGGCACGUGUCAGCUCAGGGCGAGGGGGGCAGUGGAAGGGCAUCCCCGCCCCAAUUGGGGCUGCGGGGGCCGGUCCCAACCCGCAGCCGGGCGCUGCCGGCGGGCUCGGGGCUGCGGGCCGCCCCGCCGAGGAAGCACGUGUCCCGUCACCGAGGGACACAACGAGCGGCUGGAGCAGCUGCGCAGGCCGGGGCGCGCCUGGAGAGACUGUAUUUUUAUAUAUUAAACAAAAACCCCCAUAAUAAACCCAAA